AUGGACGUAUACCAGAGGCUUGUAUCAGGACAAGGGGAGACGAACACAGCGAUCCACACGGUGGAUAUGCACACUGCCGGCGAACCAACGCGCAUUGUUGUUUCAGGAUAUCCUACGCUCCAUGGGCAUACACUGUUACAAAAGAGGGCUUAUUCGAAACAACAUCUGGAUCAUCUACGAACUCAAUUGAUGUGGGAGCCGAGAGGCCACGCAGACAUGUAUGGGGCGCUGUUGGUGCAAGCGACGGAGCUCACAGAGAGAGGACAAGCUGACAUCGGGGUACUCUUCAUGCACAAUGAAGGGUACUCAACGAUGUGCGGACAUGCGACGAUUGCCCUGGGUCGGUUCCUGGUUGACACGCAGGACAAGUCGAUCUUUCCUCUGCGCGAGCAGUUGAAGUACGAUGCGGAGAGGCGUGAAACGGAGCUACGACUGCACGCACCCUGCGGUGUCGUGCACGUCACUGUGCCGACCCUUGUCGAGGACGGCAAGGUGCGCUCGGACGAGAGUCGAGCGGUGACCUUCGUCAGCGUGCCCAGCUUUGCGUCCGCGCGAGACGUGGUCGUCGACAUACCGGAGGCAGAGCGCUGGGCAGCCCUGCGCGCCAAGGGUCGGACACAAGUGCGCGUGGACGUCGCGUACGGCGGGGCAUUCUAUGCGAUCGUGGACGCCAAGGAGCUCGGAUUCGACGGCAUUGUCGGCCACGGACACUCGCUGCGGGAGCUAGACGAGGCGACAGCGACGGUGAAGAGGCUGGUGGCGGGCCGGAGGGGGCUGACCAGGCACCCCAGCGAGCCGGAGCUGGAGUACUUGUACGGCGUCAUCGUGACUGACGACGAAGGCGCGCAAGGCGGCGUCGGUCUGUGCUUCUUUGCAGACCAGGAGGUAGACCGCUCGCCGACGGGGUCCGGGGUCAGUGCGCGCGUCGCACUGGCGGUGGCGGCGGGGCGGACGGCGCUCGGGGAGACGGCCGUGUUCCACUCGCCAGUCAGUGUCGGCGGGGACGGCUUCACGGGGACGGCCGUCGCGGGCGGGGCGUCGGGCGGGGCGGGGCGCGUGGCAGUCGGGGGGCGGGCGUGGUACACGGGGGCGCAUGUGUUUGUGUGCGAGGGAGGAGACCGGCGGGUGGCGGGGUUCCUGCUUCGCGACUGCCUAUGA